AUGGAUCAAUGGCAAGCGCUCGAAGCUACGGCGGCUGAACUGGGCCAGGGGGGGCUUCUCCCCAGGCCGAACGGAGCACUCCUCGACGUCGAACAUGGCUACAUUUCUCUGUUGAUAAAUCUUACAUUCGAAGACAAGGCUGCAAAAGGUCUACGAAAGCGAAUGCCUGGUGACAAACGAGAGGCUGCGGUCUAUUUCACAGCCCUGGAAGGUGUCCGGGACAAUCGAAUCCUGCUGCUCACUGGGCCAAGCGGAGCUGGAAAGACAACAUUGGCCAAGCAUAUUUGCUUCAGUUUUGCAACGGGUUCUGCGUACGAAUAUAAAUCGGUGAUCCGGAACGAAGACGGAGAAGAGCGUGGGGAGAUAUGGGAUGGAGGCAGAAUCGUCCCAUGCCUGGUCACUAUUGACAGUCUAGAAGCUUUGCAUCGGUUCGCGGAGGAACUCCCUAAUUCUCUCCAGGCAUGGUCAGGGAGAGGGCCAGCAAGAAAAAAUCAGGAGAUCCUAUUUGUGUUGGAUUCAAUUGAAACCUCGGGCGAGGGUGGCCUCGAUCUUCUGUCUUCAAUCGUCGACAUCAUAAGAGCUUCGCACGGGGCUCGUCUGCUUGUGUUGGGGCGGCAAGAGGAACUUCACAGUUGGAUGCUGCCGAAUGGUCUUGUCCGACAGCAGCUGCUGCCUUUAUUCCAGUCGCAGAGGCUGCAGGCCGUUUCUCGCUUCCAGAAUGGCCUCUCAACUUCACUCCCGUUUUCGGGUUCGGGAAGUGCAGCUGCAUUGCCAGCCAUAUUUGCGAUGUCAUUCUCCUGUAACAGUAAGGGAGAGACAAACGAAGAGGUUUUGGAUACGUGGAUCGAAGAAUAUAUCAGAUCGGCAGGUCAUCUUGGAGAACUUCUCAUGAAUGCAUAUAAUGCGUUCUAUGGCCGGUUCAAUGGUGCACUCUCCAGCGUGGUCCAACAGCCUUUCAUUUCCUCUCGGGUGUUUCGAGAUCUGUUGGUUGCCAAAUAUUUGACUUCAAAGCCAGAUGCCACGCUACAAGUUCUUGCCCAUGAUUCUUUAGCAGCACAGCCUAUCGUCAAAAGCCUCCUUCGUCGAACAUUUGACCAUCCCAUGCGGAAAUCGCUUAUUGACAGCAUGUUACAUGCGGAGCCCGGGUUAGCUUCCCAGCGCGCGGCCUUGCUCGCGGCAGACUUCAUAGAUGUGCAAGACAGUACACAAGCUGUUUCUGCCAGAUCUAAAUUACUUGAGAUCCUUGAGGGGGGCAUUCUAUCUGUUCCAGAGCGUGUCAUGGCCGGGCACAUUAUAUCUCGCCUUGGUGAUCCACGAGAUCUCGAAGCCCUGGCAACCAUCCCAAAAGGCCGGAGCACUCACGGCUCAACUAGCCACCCAAAUUCAGCACCUCCGUAUGAGCUCGAGCUAGAUGAAUUUCGAAUUGGCAUUUUCCCGGUCGUCAAUGCCAAUUAUCUGAUAUUCACCCAAGAGACCGGUCGGACAUGGAUGUGGUCCAGCUUCCGACAGAACCCCAGUGGGAACGGGCAUGUAGAGGGAAUCAAGUUGUGA